AUGGCCAGUAUCUUUUCCAGUUGGAUCGGCUCCAACAGACUCAACAACGCCGAUGUCGAACAAGGCCCCAGCGAUCCUGUAAGAGCACGAGCCUUGAGUUCCGGCUCCAACCCCAUGGCGCCCAUCGAUCGCGCCACUUCCAUGACGCCAAAGGCUCCCUUCCAGUUCAGCUCGCAAGUCGACCCCACCUUGGUCAUGGCCCGCGACCAUCACCGCGAGGCUUCCGAGGCCACACUCAACGGCCGUGCCAGCCAAAUCGGCGAAGAAGAGCAUGCUCACCACAAAGUACCACUACUCAAACCAAGCGCCAGCAGGCCAACCUCGGUGACCAACUCGCCCGUCCUCAGCCACGACCAACUCACCACGUUCAGCUCCACCUUGGGCGGCGUCGACAGCGAAGCUGCUUGGAGCGGCACCCCGUCCUCCGAAGCCGCACGCAGCUCAGUGCCAAGACGACGCAAGAAGAUCGCGCCUCCGGAGCUGCUCGUCAUUGUCAAGCCUCCACCGGGCAAGCAGGCCAAUCCGCUCAACCUUCAGAUUCAGCUGGUCAUGCCACAACAGCUCCAGUCUCGUCGUGAUGGUUCUCAACGCCGUUCAUCUAUGGACUCGUCUCAUUCACCGGCCGAUCUCGCUCCGGCACAAGGUCACGAUCUGCGCAGGAGGGGCUCGAUCGCCUCGAACCGCUCAGCUGGCUCUGAAGUCUCGAAUUCCGGCUCGAUUGCGUCUACAAGCUCAGGCCGCCGCGUCACACCUCUGUACAACCUCAACUUCCACCACAUCUUGUCCACCACCGUCAGCGAUGCAGGCACCGAUCAAAAAGUGGCCAAGUACAUCAAAAAGGGCAUCGAGCUCGAUGGAUUCGGUAUCCUCGAGCCCGCCGAGCUCAUCAUCGGUGUCAAUGAUCUGGCAACUCUUCAAAAGAUGGCUGCAGCCGAAACUGGUUCUUCCACCGUGCAAGCUGGAAAUGCAACCAACAUCUCGCCCAGAAGCGAGACGAUUUCGUCGGGUGGUGCCGCCGACGACCGUUCUGCCUUCUCGGCGCCUGCGCGCGAUGCAACCAGCUCGACCGCCGCCUCUUCGACCACACAUCCACCCACUUCGUUUGAAGCCAUGACGCCGGAAGCUCGCGGUGUCGAGGCCAACCUAGGAGGAAAGUUGUUGGGCAAGUUCAAGCGCUUCUCGCUCGGCGUGCGCCCCAGCACCAUUGCGGGAGCUGGCAGUUUGUUCGAACGCGAGGGGGCAUCCACGCAGGACCGCACCAGGACCACGGCUCCGUCAGCGGCCACGUCCAGUCUCUUUCCGAACCGGGGUCUGGGCGGCGGCAGCAGCAGCGGCGAGACGCCACAAAUGCAACCGGGCGCAGGUCUGGCCGACGGCAAAAAGACCGAAGGAUACGUUUGGACCGUUCGAAAGUGGCAUCGCAGGCCGCACGACAGCGCGUCCGCCAGGCCGCCAUCGAGCCUGGCACCUCCGUCGCAGGAUGCAGCGGGCAGCAAUCCGGUUCUGACAAGCGUGUGGACGCGCUUCAACAUGGUCAACCGCACCGGUGGCAACGAGCCACAUCCACCGCCUUCGCAGAUUCCUGUGCGCUUUGAGUGGUCGCGCAACUCGAAGAAGGUGUCAAGCCGUCAACGGGCGCAAGACGCUCAGGCGAGGCUUCGAGCCAGCAUGUCGCUCAACGCUUCUGCCACCAGCAUCGACCGUCAGCACACUACUGGAGGAGCAGGGGGCAUGGAAGCGAGCCGAAGCAAUGCGUCUCUGAACCGACAGUCUCAUCUGGCGACUACCUCGUCGUCGGCACACUCGCUCGGGGUUGACGAGGCUGCCGCAAUUCCGCCACGUUUGAGCACGGGUGAUGCGGCUCGCACUGGCUCGCGUCCGUCGUCGUUCAUCUCGGGCAUUGGGCAUCGUUCUCCGCGGCAGUCCGUCGAUACUUCUGCUGCAGGUUCAUCAGCUCCGCACGGCGACGACGAUUCGGGCGACGAUUCGGACCCAGAGGACAGCGAGACGCCCUGGAACUGUCAUCUCGUGCUGGGUGCGACGACGCGCAUCCCGCUGGGCACGCUGUCGCCCGCACCGCACCACCCGAAGCUGGUAGGUCAGCUGGCGGUGCCUUUCCCUCUACCGGACCUGAGCAGCACCAGGCUGGGCCCAGAUGGGGCGGGGUUGACGAGGGAGGAGUUGAAGGACGUGAUCAUCGUCACGUGUUUGCAUCUGGUGGUGCGCGAGAGUUUCGGUGGACUGGCGACGAGGAGAAGGAGUGCUGCCAGUGCGGAUGUAGGCCCUGGGGCUGCAGCGGCGGCGGCCAUGUUGAACGUGAAUGGCUGGAGAUUGGCGGGUGUUCCUAAGAAGCCGUAG